AUGACUAUUCACAGAAAUGUUUUGAAACAGAAAAACAAACCUUUUAAAAAUUCAAAGAGCAAUAAAUUAAAAACAAAACCUACAGGACUCGCUCAAAAAGUUUCCGUUAACCUCGAUAGGAAGGCAAAAAAAUCUCAGAUCAUCGCCAAAAAAAAGGCACUAAGAAUACAUUUGCUUGAAGAAUCGCCACGGAACGUAUUUGUUGUAUCUUUCCAUUCUAAAAUAAAUCCGUUAGAUUUUAUAAACUCGCUUUUAAAAUUCCACUCUCCGGAGUCGGUUCCAAAGUCCAAACAUUCAGAAGAUGGUUGGUUUAUAUCGCAUCCAGUGCUGUUAAACUCCAGUUUAACGCACGAUGGAAUUCCUCGGAGGCUAAUUUUACACUCGUGCCCCCGAAAUCUUUCAGAUAUUUUGUAUGCUGCGUCAUGUGCCGAUAUUCUGCUCUGCUUGUUCAGAGGAAGUUCGCCAGAUGAGCCUGCCUAUGACGAAUACGGGUAUAAAAUCCUGAGCUCACUCAGGCUUCAGGGCAUUCCUACACCCGUAGGCGUGAACGUUGAGGCUGGGUUAACGGGCGAUAGGCAGGCCAGCUCAGCCUUGGUCAAAAGAUACUUUCAGUCAGAAUUUGGACUGGACAAGAAGUUUACAUCAGUGUUUGUGGAAAAUGAUCUAAAAAAUGUUUUGUCACUGGUGGCCUGCGUCUCCAUUCCGCAGCUUUCAUGGCGGAAGGAUAGGGGCUACAUGCUGUGUUCUAACUACACUUAUGACCAAAACGCCAGGGAGUUUUUUGUAGAGGGUUACGCGAGAGGUAUGGGAUUCAGCGUCCGACACGCAGUUCACCUAACCAGCGUCGGCGAUUAUGUUUUGAAGAGAAUUGAGCUGUUACCUGACGUUUGCCCAGCAAGUUCCAGCGGUUACAGGAUGUCGAUUGAAAAGACAGUGGACGAGCAGAAUAGUAACGACCUGACGCAGCUUCUGGCGGAGGUCGAAUGCCUUAAUGAAGUUGAGGUCAAGCCCGAAGAGCUGAAGGAUGAGCUCGCGGAGGAGGUUUUUGAUAAAUUUGAAGCUAAACUGUCGAUAAAUAAGAUUCCGAUGGGCAAAGAAAUGAGCGUUGACGACACGGACAUUGAUAGGGAGGACUACUACGAAUACGAGGGACUGAGCGACGACAAGUCAAUCGCGUCCUCGGAGUCGGACGACCUUGACUUUAAUGAAAGUAUGGAGGAGCCGCCAAGCGUCGAGAAAAAAUUAGAGUUCGAAAAGAGGACGUACGAGGAGCUCUCGUUUCCGGAUGAAGUGGACACUCCCGUCGACCAGCCUGCCAAAGAAAGGUUCCAAAAGUACCGCUCCCUGAAGAACAUCAGGUCGUGUAUCUGGGACCCCUAUGAGUCCCUGCCGCUCGAAUACUACAAGAUCAACGAGUUCGAGAAUUUCAGGGCAACCAUGAACUCGUCGAAGAAGCAGCUUAAGGCAAACUGUGAACUGGUCAACGUGUCAUCUUCGUACGUGCGACUCACGCUGAUGAACGUGUCGCCCGACGACUACCUUAAGAUCACCGCUUCCGACUCGUCCUGCCGCCCUGUCGUCGUAUCGACCGUCUUCCCCUACGAGAGGAAGGUCUCAGUGCUCAACUUCAGCGUCAGCAGGACCGCCGAGGGCCCGGAGCUGCUUCCGUCUAAGACACCGCUCUCCCUCUUCUGCGGUUUCAGGAGGUUCCCCGCAGUUCCUAUUUACAGCAAAAGCAUCAACGCUGAGAAGGGCAAGAGGGGUCUGUACGACCGUUUUUUCAAAAAGGGCGACAACUGCAUUGCCACCAUCUACGGAAUGUCCCUCUGUCCCCCGACCCCCGUUCUGGCUUUCGGCGAAGGCGAGACUGUCAUGUUUGGCGGCCACGUUCUUGGCGCCGAGCCCUGUAGAAUAAUAAUGAAACGCAUUCUCCUCACCGGGUACCCUAUGAAAGUGCACAAGAGGCGCGCGAUUGUUCGUUACAUGUUUUUCAACCCUUCCGACAUCAAGUACUUUAAGCCAGUUCAGCUGUUCACCAAAAAGGGCCUGCGCGGUAAAAUUUUGCAGUCUCUCGGCACUCACGGCUACAUGAAGUGUCUUUUCAGCGACUUUGUCACUCAGGACGACAUUGUCUGCCUGCCCCUUUACAAGCGUGUUUAUCCCAAGUGGUUUCCGUUCACUUGGUCUAGGCAUCUUUAA